AUGGCCGAGCCAAAACAAUAUGCUGGCCACCAUCACUCAUCGUCGGCCGGCCAUUCUAUCCGCUCGCCUCUCCAGUCAAAGAUAAUUCGGUCGCAGAAGAUCGCUACCGUCACAUCGCCAACGGAACCACCGCGGCGACACGACUACGGUGCUCACUUGGCCGACGAUGACGAUGAUGAUGACGACGACGAUGAGGAAGAAGAUGAAGAAGAUGAGGACGACGAUGACGACGAAGAGGAAGAGGAAGCCAUGGACCGCGCCCCUCCACUCACCCGGUCUCACACUCCAGGGCAUCUCGCCUCCAAAUCCCACGAUCGCCGCGGCAAACCAGCAGAGCUUUCAAUCCGGCACCGUUCCCAAUCUGCAGCGUCCCUAUCUACUUCUCAUACACCUGCGCUACCGACCUCGACCUCGAGCAAAGUGUCACUAUUAUCUGCAAACACUCUGUACUCGAAUGCGCCAGCAGCUACACCUACCCCGACAUCCGCCCGCUCCCACCUCCAACUCAACACCAAGACUAGCACCGAAGCCGACAGGGAAGGAAUGGCAGCGGCGCGAAGAACCCCUGGCCUCCGUUCCACAUCCGCCAUAGCAUCGAAGCCCGGCGCCGGCCCCUCGACCGCCCAGACGCCCAUAUCUGUCCCGACGAACGCCAACGCUACCUCGGCAGCUUCGAGCGUACACAAGCCCUCUUCAACACGUACUUCGCGGUCAGGUCCGCGGCAAUCUCAACAUAACAACCAAUUCCACGCUCAUAUUCCUUUCCCACCGCUGAUCGACCCUCGUACAGCGCCCGACGUACCCCCCGCGCCAUCCUCGGGCAUGUACUGGUCGCGUGCCCCCGUGAGUGGGGUACGACACACAGCACUGCGCGCACACACGACGACCAUGAUUGGUAGCAACGUUUUUGUCUUUGGCGGCUGCGACAGCCGUGCCUGCUUCAACCAGCUCUACGUACUCGACGCCGACUCCUUCUAUUGGUCUACGCCCCACGUUGUCGGUGACAUACCGGUACCGCUGCGCGCCAUGACAUGCACAGCCGUUGGGAAGAAGCUCGUGAUAUUUGGGGGCGGCGAUGGCCCAGCCUACUACAACGAUGUCUACGUCCUUGACACGGUCAACUUCCGGUGGAGCCGGCCGCGGAUCGUGGGGGACAAGGUCCCCAGCAAGAGGAGGGCACAUACGGCGUGUUUGUACAAGAAUGGGAUUUAUGUGUUUGGCGGCGGCGACGGUGUCAGGGCGCUCAACGACAUAUGGAGGUUAGACGUCAGCGACAUGAGCAAGAUGUCAUGGAAGCUCGUCAGCGGGCCGAGCGACGAUUCCGCAUCGGGGGCCGCCCCUGCCACUAAGGGCAAGAAGGACUUGCGACCCAAAGCUCGAGGCUACCACACGGCCAACAUGGUGGGCAGCAAGCUGAUCAUCUUUGGUGGGUCGGACGGAGGAGAGUGCUUCAACGACGUGUGGGUCUGGGACGUGGAUACGGCGCUGUGGCGGUCCGUUAGCAUCCCUCAGGCGCACCGACGGCUCAGCCACACGUCAACCAUUGUAGGCAGCUUUCUGUUUGUGGUGGGCGGGCACGAUGGCAACGAGUACAGCAAUGACGUGCUGCUCCUGAACCUUGUGACCAUGACGUGGGACCGGCGGCGCGUAUAUGGCCUUCCUCCCAGCGGGAGGGGAUACCACGGCACGGUCCUGCACGACUCGCGGCUGCUGGUAAUCGGCGGCUUCGACGGCAGCGAGGUUUUUGGUGAGGUGUGGAUGCUGGAGCUGGCCGUACAUGCUUACUACUCGCAGAUCAGUCACUUUAGUAUUGAAGUCUGA